CGGCGGCGCGUUCCCUCGGUCUGGUGGGGGCGCUCCUGGGAUCGCUGCCGCGGACGCCCCGGCAGAACCUGCGUCUGGGCCGGCCCUUGUUGUUGCUGCCCGAGGAGGAGCGACUUCUGUCGCCCGAGCCGGCGACCCCUGUCCGUAUCCGUAAACUUGAAUGUUUAAGAUCAUCAGAAAUGUAAAGAUGAACAAAAAAGCCAAUUUUCCCACGAAGUGACUAUUUUUGGUCGUUUAAAAAAACAAAGCCAAAAGACCUGGCGCUCACACGUGUUGUUAUACAAAUGUGCCCUACAUGACCUGAAAAAUAUUUUAUUGGAUUCGUUAUUCUAGUUCUUUGACAUUAUUUUGAAUAUUUUUUUGAAGAUGUGGCCUGCGACUGGUUGGCAACCAUGUACAAGAUGUACCCUGCCUCCUGCCCGUUGUUAGCUGGGAUAGGCUCCAGCACCCCCCGCCACCUUCGUGAGAAUAAGCGGUUCAGAAAACGAAUUAUUAAAAAAAAAAUUUUUUUUUUUGAAAAUUUAGAUACAUAUUUUGUAGAUUACAUCAAAAAAGUACUUUGGACCUCUGAGCAACAGUCCAGUGCCGCUUCUCUGUAGCCCAGGUCUGGCGUUUCUGACGCCGUUUCAGGUUCAAAAGUGGCUUGACCUGGGGAACGCGGCACCCGUACACCUGUGCACGGUGGCUCUGGAUGUUUCUACUCCAGACUCAGUCCACUGUUUCUGCAGGUCUGGAAUCGACCCUUCUCCACAAUCUUUCUCAGGGUGCGGUCACCUCUUCUGGUUGUGCAGCGUUUCCUGCUACACUUUUUCCCUCCCACUGAGGUGCCUUGAUACAGCACUCUGGGAACAGCCUAUUCGCUCAGAAAUUUCUUUCAAUGUAUUAGCCUCUUGCUUGAGGGUGUCAAUGAUGGCCUUCUGGAGAGCGGUCAGGUCGGCAGUCCUGCCCAUGAUUGCGGUUUUGAGUCAUGAACCAGCUGGGAGUGUUUAAAGCCUCAGGAAUCUUUAGCAAGGGUUUUGAGUUAAUUCGUUGAUUCAGAAGAUUAGGUUAGUAGCUUCAUUAGAGUACCUUUUCAUGAUAUGCUAAUUUUUGGAGAUAGGGAUUUUUGGUUUGUCUUGAAUUUUUUGCCAAAAUCAUCAAUAUUAAAACAAUAUAAGGCUUGAAUUCCUUCAGUUGUGUGUAAUGAAUCUAAAAUAUAUGAAAGUCUAAUGUUUAUCAGUACAUUACAGGAAAUAAUGAAAUUUAUCACAAUAUGCUAUUUUUUUUUUAGAAGUACUAGUAUAUACCACUCCCCCCCUUCUUUUAAUCUGUAUUUUAAAUUGUUAAAGUUUGGCCUUUUGGCCGGGUUGUCGGAGUCUCACCGGCCUGGGUCCGGCAGUUCGGCUGGCGUGAUUCCGGCAAUCUGGCUAAAAGGUCAAAUUCCUUCACCAAACUAGUCACUUGCCCUCUAAAAGUAUAAAUGAGGAAAAACCGUAGCUUUGGUUAAUGCUAAGAUUGACGAGAUUCCGCGUGCGUACAGGACGCGGGUCCACACGUGCAGGCGGCGUCUUUCCAGGAGGCGCUACAACAGAGCUACGACCAACAGCGAGUGCUGGCGCUGCGCGACAGGAAGGAGGCCGUGCUGCGCGUCUUCUCUUCUGACGGCGCAGAUUCAGAGGCGGAGCUCCGUCGCCGAUUAGAGGCCGUCGAGCGAGACUUUGUUUUCCCGCGAUCGGCCAUGGCGGUCCAGCUGAGCACGGCCAGGAACUGGCCCGACCGCCGCGCCCCCGCCGCCGUCGUCGCCGCGGACGCGCCGGACGACGCCCGAUACCGUGUUUUUGCCGACUUGAGGGGGCGCGGCUUCUACUUGACCUCGGCCGGGAAGUUUGGCGGCGAUUUCCUGGUCUAUCCCGGCGACCCCUUACGUUUCCACGCGCACUUCAUCGCCUUGUGCGUGCGCGCCGACCAGGAUGUGGCGCUCUCGGACCUCCUGGCCAUCUCCCGCUUGGGCUCCAACGUCAAGAAGACGGUCCUCCUGUGCUCGCCGCGUGACGACGGUGGUGUCACGUAUUCCUCGCUGGCCUGGAGCGGGAUGGCCUGAGAGCGGAACGCGGAUGCCGCAAACAUGUGACCUUCUGGAGAGUCGUCUCCUGUUGAAAGAUUUUUGUCUGCCUUUGAGCCAGCAGGAAACGUCCGGCAGAGAAUGACGCCAUUUGUCUAACGAUUGUCUGCCCGCAGAGUUCGGCUCAGUGGACUCCCGCUUCAAACAGGUUCACUUCAAAUUCAGUUGACGUGACUCUUAAAAUAUGGAGAUGGAAACCAGGAGCGGUGUAGGUGGGGUCGCGGAGGGCCCGAGUGGAUAACGGGAGGGUCUAAAAAGCAUGCCGUGCUUCAGUCGUAUGCUGGAGCGAGUAUACAUUCCCAAACUGGCAUCAAACUUUCUGCCACAUCAUUUUCUUGCUUCAUGUUGUUUUUUUUGCCAAAUAUAAUUCCUGCAACCUUUCUCUGUGUGUGUUUUUCAGCAGGGUUGAGAACCAAAAGUGGGAUUUGCCAUGCGGCAAAAUGCAUUUUGCCAUGUGGCUUUUUUUUUUUUUUUUUUUUAAGCCAUGUGGCAUUUUGUUUUGCCAUGUGGAAAAAUUGAUUUUGGCAUGUGGCUUUUUUUUGUUUUUAGCCAUGUUGCAUUUUUUUGCCAAGUGGCAAAAUGGAUUUUGGUUUGUUUUUCUGCCAGUUGAUAUGAAUAGAAAUUUUGGAUGUGCAUAGCCUGACUUGGAUGCCAGUUAAAUGUCAAUGCGCUAUAAUGGAAAGUGUAUGGUCAAAAAUCACGGCCACAAAUGUUUUUCUGCCAUUUAUAUGAAUGGAAAAUUUGGACGUGCAUCGCCGGCAAUGGCAUAUCCUGACUUGGGUGCCAGUUGAAUGUCAGUGCGCUGUUAUGGUAAGUGGAUGGUCAUAAAUCACAGCCACACGUUUUUCUGUCGUUUAAAAUGAGUGGAAAAUUUGGACGUGCAUGGCCUGCAAAAAUGCCAUAUACCCCAAAAAAUGCUACAUACAAAAAAUAAAUAAAUAAAUGCCACAAACCAAAAUCCA